CCUGCAAUUUGUAGCUAUCCUACAGUCAGAGCUGCUAUUAAGGAAAAUUAAUCAACACCAAUCAGAUUAGAUAAUUCAACAGUGCUGUAGUGUAAUAUCUUAAAUAUUUCAGUUGAAUUUACUAAUACUAGGCCUAAUCUACAUUCUGAAAAACAGUCCAUUGUAUUUUAUAGUGCAGCCUGAAUCUUUAUUAUCUACAAAGUGGGACAAAUCUAGUGUUUCUCACAAAACAACAUGGUCCAAAUCCUUCCUUUCUGCAGGCACAUUCUUGCGCUCUUGCUAUGCUGAGCACUAAUACAAAAUGCCCCCCUCAAAAGCAGAUGCAAGUAUUUUUGUAGGAGGGAGCAGUCCACUGUUGGCAAGCUCUUUAGGCAAUAUAUGACCGUAAGAUGAAGUCACAAACAUUGCGACGGGAGUUGACUCCCACUCAUCCGCUAACACAGUCAGUGCUUUAUGUGAAGAAGUACCAGCUGGUGCCACGGUCCCCUCUAGUCCUCCAUACUUAUUUGUGUUCAUCACAUAUUGGGACAUGGAAAGGAAAUAUAAGCUAAAAUCCCUAAACACUGCCUUCAGCUGCAUGAUAGCGUUCCUCCUCCACAAAUUCUGCCUUGCUGAAAAAAUUUGUUCAGUUCCCUCAGAGCCUGUGACUAUUAAAGAGAACAACACAAUCAAUGCCGUUGUUGUCCAUAUUAACACAACAACAAAGAACGUCACACUGACUCUCACCGAGAACCCAGACAAUGCUUUUGACCUGAGGGGACUGGAUCUGAUCGUGAAGAAACGCCUGGACUUUGAAACUCUGUUAAAUCCUGAGGAGCUCACAGUUCAAAUCCGCUGCAAUAAAACAGGAUCCAGAAGUAUCACUUUGACAGUGCUUGUUCAAGUCGAGAACAUCAAUGACAACCCUCCUUCAUUUGCCCAGAGUAAAUACAUUCUAGAUGUUAAUGAGCUCACACCUGUUAACACCAGCGUGGCCCAGAUUGAAGCAAAAGAUGAUGAUUCAGGAGUUUUAUAUUACGCCUUGGAACCAACUCUGAACCCAUAUUUCCGACUCGAGAACAUGUACAAGCCAAAUAUUCUCGUCAACAAGACUUUGGAUUAUGAUGUCGUCCAGCAGGUGACAUUGACCUUAUAUGUGCAGGAUACUCCACCAUUGUCACUGCCAGGCCAAAUCUCUUUCACAGCCACCACGACGAUUAUAAUCAACAUAAAAGACAUUGACAACCGUCCACCCUGGUUCCAGCCGUGCACGAGAAUAACUUUUGGUACCGCCAAAAUCUGCCUGAGCGUUGGGUAUAAGGGCAGAGUCAACUUAACAGAAAGACAGGAAGGACCACUACAGUUACAUCCAGGGCCGAUCUACGCAAGAGAUGGAGACAGAAGCAGAAAUGAAGAGAUUAGCUAUAAAAUUGUUAGAGGAAAUGAAGACAACAUAUUUCAAAUAGAUGAAAUCACGGGAAACAUAACCAUGCUAAAACCAGCGGACAUUGCAGGCCCAAUAUCUCUCACAGUUUUGGCUUCCCAGGUGUCAAACCGUGACCAGUUUGCUUCCACUUCAGUCAACAUCGAGGUGAUGAAAAAGAGCAGGAACCCACCAAAAUUCGAGAGGGAACGCUAUGAGGCAUAUGUUUACAGCAACUCAGGCCCUGAGAACAUGGUGCUCAGGGACAGGACUUCAAAUAGACCCUUCAGAGUCAGAGCCAGGGAUGAUGAUUUUGCAAAUGGAAUAAAUCCUGACAUAAGAUACGAAGUACAGUACAGCAGUUACGUCAACAUAACCACAGAUGGAUUUGUGCUUCUGAAAAAACCUGUUCGGACCGACUCGUUUGCUUUGCAAGUUCGGGCUGUUGAUGUGUCAACUGGUGAGUCGGGAACGGCGGCUCUGUCCGUGCUUGUCCUACCACCCGUGGGAGUGCAGUCGCCCUCAGAGGGAUACCGUGCUGGAGAUAUGGCCUUGCUGGGCUUCGUAAUGGCUGCCUUGCUGGUUCUCUGCCUCAUCGUGAUUGGCUAUCUCAUCUCCCGUCUGAAGAAAAGGAACCCAGACACACUCAAGUUAUCAGAGUGUUUAGGUCCAUGCUUGCAGCAUACUCAACCCACUGAUGGGUUAAGGCCAAGAGACAGCAUGCAGUUCACCAAUGAUGGCUUCCUGAAUGAAGCAGACAUGGGCAGGUUGGCAACGAGGAGGCCAGAUAAGAGAGACAGGAAGCAGGAAGUGUCUCCGAAAUGGAGAGUGAGAGUGACACCACGUGAGAGGCAAGGACACUGCAAUUCCUGUGGCACGCGAGUUCGCUCGAACCAUGUGCACCGCAGCAGCCCAGCUCUCCACCCCAAAGCCCAAGGAGCUAAAAACCAAGUCAGAUCCAUCCUAACUAAAGAGAGAAGGAAGGACAGACAGAAGACGGUGUGGUUUAAAGAGAGUGAGGAUUCCUCAGACAUCGAAGUGGAGAUCAUUCCUGAUGACAUAGGGCUUAAACAUGAGGAAGAGGAUGAAAACUCGUCUUCUCUGGCUCUAAAAGCCAGUGAUAUGGAAUUGGGUGAGUUGACUAUGAUGAACAUCCAGGACUUUGACAAGCAGCAGGAAAAUGUUUCUGACCACCAAGAGCCACCGGAUCCAGACAAAACAGUCCAGUGAAUGCCAAGAGGGCUUGGAAUCAGUAAACCACAUCCCAAUAAGACUUAAACCAGUCAUUCCUAAGCUGGUAUCUGGGUGAUUCCAUGAUUUGGGUGCCAUUUAUUUCCCACUGAUAUUAUCCCACUGUCCGAGCCCACUAUAGCUACACUUUCAUCUUAAAAUAUAUAUUAGAAUAUUUCAAAAAAACAUUAUUAUUUUUAUUAAUGUGUGAAUACAUUUAACAUCUCUUGCGUGAAAAAUCCUUUUCCACAAGCCUUUUCCAUGCGCCGUCCAUUAUAGGUUACACAUUUUAGUUUUUUCUCUCAAUUCUGUUACUUGAAAACACUCUGAACACAUUCACCCCUGUGAAAUAUUUGGAAUAUUCCACAAGUAAUAUAUUCAGGUUGCAUAAUAUGAAUUUCCUGGGGAUCAUGGAAAGAAGAAAAGUGCAUUCUCUCAUUCUUUUUUCUUUACUUUUAAUUAUGUUGUGAUACUGACUGACAAAGUCACUUUGAAAGUAUAACCCUCUUACCCAAAUUACACACUGAAAGUAAAUUAUUAUGUAAUUAUUAGAAAUCAUUCAAAUGUUAUGCUAACCAUAUUUUGCGUAUUUGUGCUAAUCCUGUAUUCAGCCCUGUUGCUUAUUUACGAGCAAAAUGAGCCAUUGACAGCUAAGAAACCUUGUAAAAAUGACACUGUUGCCUGAGAUGGGCUACCACAUUUUAUAUGGUCAAAUGUUUUCUUAGAUUUAAUGUUGAAAAAUGACAAAAAUUUAAGGGCUACAUGGCACCACAAUCGUGGAAUCACCCAAACGUAUUCAAGCAUUUCUUAAUUAUGAUGAGGUGCAAUGCCUUACAAAUCUAAUUCACUGGUGUCCUCAUAUGGCAGGGUACUGAGAAUCUUUUAUCUGUGAUAAAAAUGCUGAAAAAAUGGCCAUAAUUCACAUCCUGACUACAGCUGUAACAUGUCAUUUAGAAACAUGAAAGACUAAUGUGCAAAAAAAAAUAGUUUUGCAGCUAUAACAAAAAUCAACACUUCUGUUUUGGAGCAUAUUAUAACUGCACUAAACAUAAGAUUUGCACUAAGCACUAAUUAUGCACUAGAGAAUAACUUAAUGGUUGUAUUUAUAUUUUUUCUGUCUAGUAUAAUUUUUUAUUGCUGUGAAUAACAUUUUGUAUACACGAAUACACAUAAAGACUCUAAGAAUAUUUUAUAUAAAUGUGAAACUGUUAUUGUGGAAGUGCAAAAAUGAAAAAUAAAGCAAGUGAAUGUG